CUUCGAAGAGUGCGCUGGGCUCCCAUUGGCGGAGCGGCGUCUCGCGCGCUUCCUCCUCCUCCCUCCUCCUCUUUCCCCCUCCCCUCCGGACGGAGACUCGGAAGCUUCCGAAGAAGCCCGAAAACUCCCGAAGGCUUCUGUAUAAACCAAGAUAAAUAUAUUGAAUAAUACAGUGCAAUUGUCCUGGCGUUCCACUUGCCAUGAAACAAAGAGUCUUUCUGGUGUAACUGAAGACUAUUUUUCUAUAAUUUACACUCUGGAAUGAUGGGCUUAAUUCGAUUGGGAAAUGGAAGUCUCUGUGUGCAGAAGCUUACGUCUGUGAGUGUUACUCAAGAAAAACGGCAAUGAAGGCAUUUUCUCCCAAGAGAAAAUUUUAAGUGUCCGAAAGCCGAGGGGUUCUGGAAAGCGUCCAAAAAUUCUCCUUGCUGCCAACGUACCUGCCGGUGAGUUACCACAUCCACAACGCCGACAUCUCCUUCUUCCUCAAAGAAGCCAACCAAGAUAUUAUGAGGAACUCUAGCCUUCAAUCCCGGGUGGAGUCCUUCCUCGUCUACAAAGCCAAGAGGCCGCCCACCUUAAACGCGACCUACGGGCCCUUUUCCAUCGAGCAAGCGGUACCUCAGGACCUGCUGUCUUCUUCCAACCUCUUCAGAUCCUCCUCCGUCCCCAGGAUAUCGCUCAACUGGAAGUUGAAGGCCUACAUCUUGAACCGCAAGGUUUAUCCCGGCAGGCCCAAAGUCCAGGUUCUCUUCUACAUCGUUGGGAGAGAUUGGGACGACUACAGCGUCUCGGAGCAGCUACCUUGCUUGAGGGUCUUUGCAUUUCGGGAGACGAGAGAAGUCCGGGCCACCUGCAGGCUGGCAGAAAGCCUGGGAUUUUGCAUGGCUGAAUUGCAGCUACUGCCCAGCUGGUUCAACCCUCCCACCGUGGUCUCUGGCCGGAAGAGGUUUCUGAAUCAGUCGGAAGGGAGUCAGGUGGAAUUAUACUACGCCCUUCAAGACGAGAAUGGGGAUUGCACUACCAAGGAGGACUCGAGAAGGAACAACGGGGUCAGACCUGCGCGCAACGACAUUGACGAAUCGGGGCCGCCCCUGGAAAGGAUCGGAAGUGUUUUUCUUUACCAGGCACAGGAGAGCCCCCCCUUAAGUGAACUGUGGCUGGAUAGUAACGUCGUCCUUCAGUACCUACCAAAGACCCUGAAGCAAGGGGAAUUGCUGACUUUCGUGGUGUCCGUGGCUAAAAACUCAACCCAGGACCAAUUCACAUUGAGCAGCAGAAGCCAUCCGACUCUUUCACUACAGAAAGACAGGAUGUACACAUGUUUCAAAAGAUGUAAUUGAAUAAUACCGAAACACAAAGCUGGGCAUGGAACCAAUCACACUCG